AUGGCAAAAGCUGUGUAUUUGAGAUCAACGACAAAAGUACCAGUUGUGAUGUUCAGUUCACUUGUGAGUGGAUUCGAUGAGAAAGUUGUGAAAGACUUGAUUGCAGAUAUAAAUCAUGGAGCUGUGAGUAUGAGCUUGGAGAUGGUAGUUUCUGCUCAAACUACCUGCAAGACAAGUGCUCUUAGUGGGUUGAGGAACCCUCAAAUGGUUAAGUCCGUUAUUAGAGAGAGGAGAGAUCUGAUGAGGCUUUGA